AUGAGCUCUCAAGAUCAGCUUGUCACUCUACCCGACCGACGGACGUAUGCCUCCAGAGCGAUGUCAUUCGGCUCGCAGGUGUGGUCGGGACCGCGAGCUCGUAUCGUUCCUCUGAGUUCCUGCCAGGAAGAGUCUGGUGCGGAUUCCUCUCGAGUACCGACACCUACUGGCCGUCUGAGCUGUGGGAGGACCACAUGGAGUGGUAUCAGCGGCAGUAGCAUGAGCCGGUCUUCGACGUCCCCUGCUGUCACCAAGUAUGCUACUGAUAUCUGCCGUGUAGUCACUGAGGUGAAGCGAAUUGCAAUGCGGGUGGCUGGCGUCCAAACCGACGACCUGGGCUUUGGUACGGUCUGCCGCAAGGAUCGUCUCGGUAACCGCCGUCGAUGUGGAUCGAAAAUACCAGGUUGGAAGCAGCUGGAGGAGUACCGCGAGGAUCUCUGUGACGCCUUAGCCGUCCUUGAUCGAUACGCAGAGUUGGCCUUGGAAGUGGCUGACCCAGACAUGGCUACCAAUCUCGAACGAGAGUGUGCGCACAGUGAAGAAUUGAGGAAGGACUUGAUCGCUCGUCUUGAGGGUGUCCAUGUUGUGGAGGAGGAGGAGGAGUUGCCGGCAGCCAGGCCUGGUCGAAGGGUUCUGUUGCAAGCGUUGGACCUCGGACGGUCGGCUGCUGCCGAGGUGGCCUUAGGGAACUCUCCUCAAGCAUAUAGUAGGGCUAGUCUGGCAGUCAUAUUGAUCGACAGACUCCUUGCUGACAUCGAGGAAGGGACCGAGAGGUUCGAAUCGGCGGUGUCCUUGAGUAUGUAUCGUGUGCCUGUCGCUCGCCUGGUGGAACAACUACGAGCUAUGAGUGGGUCGAGGAAGAGGCCGUCUAUGACAGGUUCAUGUGGGGCUCGGACACCUCCUAUGGUGACUACCCCUACCUGA